AAUGCUAUUGAGCUUUAAAUUAUGGUACAUUUUGUGUAUGAGCAUAUACAGUACGUAUACACAUAGCUAUGUUUACAUAUGAUUUGACAGUUUAUUUUAAUAGAUAUGAAAAAUCUAAAAGGUGUGCAUUAUUGCUGACACCAAGAUGAACAUUUUGGAGUUAGUUUUGUGACUGUAUGUGAUAUGCUACAAAUGCCAUUUAAGUUAGAAAUAUGUACACCAAUGUCGUAUGUAACUUUAGAGACGGUCCCUAAAUUUACGACUAUUUCUGAAUAUUGAACGUCAAGCCAACUUUAUGGCAGACCCUAACCAAGCAUGUCCCAAUCCACAGAAUCAAAGCAGUCCUGUAAUUUCUCCUCCACCUCUGGGCUCCAGCACUGCACCCAUCGCGUCACCGGCUCGUCCCGUUUCAGCCUUUGUUUAUAAACAGGUAGUAAGGUUUAUUUGCUGUGAUGGCGAUCCUGUUUGCAGUGGUUGCUCGGGGCUCCACUGUUCUGGCCAAACACACUUGUUUCUCUGGAAACUUUCUGGAGGUGACAGAACAGAUUCUGGCCAAAAUACCAUCUGAAAAUAACAAACUCACAUACUCUCACGGCAGGUAUCUGUUGUUUUGCAGCUAUCUCUUCCACUACAUCUGCCAUGAGAGGAUUGUCUAUUUGUGCAUCACUGAUGAUGAGUUCGAGCGGUCACGGGCAUUUUGCUUCCUGAAUGAGGUGAAAAAAAGAUUUCAGACCACAUAUGGGUCGCGGGCGCAGACUGCUCUGCCUUAUGCCAUGAAUAGUGAAUUUUCCAGCAUGCUGGCUGCUCAGAUGAAACAUCACUCAGACCAGAGAGGCUCUGACAGACUGACGGAAACACAGAUGCAGGUGGAUGACCUGAAAGGCAUAAUGGUCCGGAACAUUGAUCUCGUUGCACAGAGAGGAGAGAAGCUGGAAUUGCUCAUCGAUAAAACUGAGAACUUGGUGGACUCUUCUGUCACCUUUAAAACAACAAGCCGUAACUUGGCCCAUGCCAUGUGUAUGAAGAACCUGAAAUUAACAGCAAUCGUCAUAAUAGUCGUGCUGGUUGUGCUGUACGUUAUUGUGACGGCUGCUUGUGGUGGAUUCAGCUGGCCCAGCUGUCGUAAGAAAUAGAGAAUCUUUGAUUAACCCUUAGCCUGUAAAAACUCAACACCACUAGAACUCUGUCCUCCAGACCUUCCACAGCAACUGCAGCAUCUUACAAACUCUGAACUCCUCAAACAGCAGCAUCCUUCAGUGUUCUAAUAAACAUUGUCUGUUCAUA